UCGAAUUAUAGUUGAUUCUUGGCGGGUUUUCCUUCCCCCAAUUUUCCCUUUUUCUUUUCCUUACAAUUUACAAACUCAAAUCAAAUGCAACCUAAAGCAAUCUCCAUUAGCAGAGCAUUGAUCUUAGCUUCAAACAAUGCUCGAUCAUGGUCUCAUUCACUCGAUAACACUCUUCACAAGCUCGGCUGUCGUGACUCGCUCACUCCUUCCCUCGUUGCCCAAGUCAUCGACCCUCAUCUUCUUCGUCAUCCUUCUCUCUCACUUGGUUUUUUCAAUUGGGCAUCUCAACAACCCAAUUUCUCUCAUUCUUCAGUUUCCUAUAACUCCAUACUCAAAUCCCUUUCAGUUUCCCGCCAAUUUAAAUCCUUAGAAAAGAUUCUAAGAGAAGCCAAAUCGAGAAAGUUGGAUGUUGAUCCUUCUUUUUAUCGCGCUGUUAUUGCUUCUCUUGUUAAAUCGAAGAAAUCCCAUGAAGGGUUCUUGACUUUAGUUGAUGCUAUUUCGUUAAUUCAUGAUGUUGGGGUUGAAACAUGUAAUUUGCUUCUUGGCGGUUUGGUUUCAGAAGGGCGGUUGGAUUGUGCACGUAUGGUGUUUGAUGAAAUGCUUGUGAGAGGAGUGAGUUUUACCACUCUUGGGUUUGGGUUAUUUAUGUGGAGGUAUUGUCGAGAUUCGGAAUUAGGGUUAGUUUUAGAUGUUUUGGAGAAAGUUAAGGAUGCUGUUUCGAGUUUUGAUGGAUCGAUAAUAGCUCUUUUGAUCAUUCAUGGGCUUUGUGAGGUAGGUCGGGUGUCUGAGGCUUAUAGUGCAUUAGAGGAAUUGAGAAAAAGGGACUGUAAACCCGAUUUUAUGGCUUACAGGAUUGUUGCAGAAUGUUUUAGGUCUAAGGGACCGGGGUGUAUGCUUGAGAUACAAGUAGUGUUAAAGAAGAAAAGGAAGCUUGGAGUGGCUCCUAGGGCUAGUGAUUAUGGUGGAUUUAUAAUUUCCUUGCUUUUGCAAAAUAUGAUCUAUGAAGCUAAAGAAUUGGGACUAGUGAUUUUAGAAGGCAAUUUUCCUAUUGAAGACGAUGUUUUGAAUGCUUUAAUCGGAUCAGUGUCCUUAGUUGAUCCUAGUACGGCUAUGUUGUUCUUCAAGUUCAUGGUAGGAAAAGAAAAGGCGCCAACGCUUCGUACCUUGAAUAGUUUGAGUAAGAAUCUGCGCAAACAUGGUAAAAUAGAUGACAUGCUGGAUGUUUUAAACACUUUGUCUUCCAAACAUUAUUUCACAAACUUAGAGAGCUAUUAUGUUAUGAUUUCGUCUUUGUGUGAGGCAGGAUGUGUAAGAGAAGCUUACGACAUUUUUCAGGAGAUGAGGAAAAAGGGAAUUUACCCCGACAUUUCAUUCUAUAAUAUUCUUAUGGAUGCAUUAUGUAGGGAAGAUCUUAUCCGCCCGGCAAAGAAGCUAUGGGAUGAAAUGUUUUCGUAUGGUAUGGAUGGAAACUUGAAGAGCUAUAACAUCCUUAUUAAGAAGUUUGCAGAAAUAGGUCAAAUAGAUGAAGCACAGAUACUUUUUGAUCACAUGCUAAAUAAAGGUGUAAUGCCUGAUGCAGCCAUAUAUACAUUUUUGCUUGAAUGCCUUUGUCAUAACUCGAAAUUUGAAGCUGCAAUUCAGAUUUUUUACAAGGUUGCUGAUCAGGAUGUGACGAUAGCACAAGCUAUAAUUACUCCACUAGUCCUAUCUCUUUGUAAAGCAGGUGGGAGCCACUUCAUGGUGUUAUGAUUUGAAUCAGGAGUGAAAGCGGUGAACUAACGGUCAAAGAACGGUUGAAUAUCGUAGCUCCAAAGGUGCAAUAAUAAACAUGACCAUUUGCAAGCAAUAAGAUGAACUAAGCAUGAAAAUAAAUGCAAACAAUAACACAAAGUUUUAAUGAGGUUCACCAAAUGUUAGCUUCAUCCUCCAUCAUUGACGUGAGUUGUAUUAUGUGUUAAAAGUAUAAAAAAAACAUAAAAUCUCAAAAAAAACAUGAAGGAAUUACAUCUUGGGGAUAAAUUGCAUGAGGAACUAAGUAAAUGGAGUAGAUAAAUAUAUGGUAAAGAUAGGGAUAUGGGUGCUCAGGCUUUAUACUUAGCUUGGGUCAACAACUAACUUCAUUGGAGUGCAUAUAUAGGCAAAGGUAAGUUUAGGGCGUGGAUUACAUAAAGCAGCCUAGAUAAAAACAGACAGAACCCAGCAGGCACAAUCUGCUCGUUCAAGCAUUAUAUGUGCUCAUUCGAGCAGAUCAGGGGCACUGAUUUGCUUUGGCUUGCUUUCUUGUGGUUCCUUUGGUCCUCCCUUCUUCCAAGGCAUCUUCCACAGCUGUGUUUAGUACAACUCUUAGAUUGAACAUCAAGGAGAAACCCAUACAAAUCGAUCUCACUUGUUUCAUGCACAUACCAAAUCAUGGAGAUUUUCUUUACCAACAAACAAGGCCAAGGCUUGGCUUAAUUUUUGUUACACUAACCUUUGGGUCCAAAUUUCUA